UCUUCGUGUUGUUCGUGCACGAGUGUCAUGGCCAAAAUAGGUCUUCAUAUCUUAUGUUGUGUUAAAUUGUAACACACGGGGAUUCGUCUACGUUCUUCGUCCAGUGUAUUCACUGAGGGUGUUUCUUUGUCGAUUUCUCAUACACUUCGUCGGUAUAUAUCGUGAAAAAACCACAGUUUUUGUUUUAUUUUGUAAUAAAGCGUGCCCUGUCCAACUUACGUCGGUUCUUUUAGGACUCGAACUCCCCGGAGUAUGAAAAACACGAUACGUUUCGGGCGAUACAUCAAAAAAUCUUCAUUGCACUCGCGCAUUUUGAAGUAAACAAAUUUUUACUUUUCGACCUUAUGAAAUCAUGAUGAACAACAUCAAUAAUGUCAAUGUUCCUAUAACUUUGAAAGUAAACGUUUCUGAUAAAGGAAUUUUGGAGGAACAAUUUACUUUUAAUUCGAAUGAAAAUGUUUGGUCAGCGAAAGAGCGAGUUAUUCACGAACUGGGGAAAGACUUAAAAAACAUCCAAAACUAUGGGUUUUAUGUGCCUCCUGACAAAGGCAAAGCAGGAAAAUUUAUGGAUGAAGGAAGGCCUUUGUCGGAAUACGUUAGUCCUGAAAAAGACGAAAUACUUGAGUUUAUGCUUAAGAGAAGAGUCUAUCGAUCCAUGGCUUACAAUGAAAACAAGUUAACAAAAGUUAAUAACAAGCAUAAUAUGAAGAAAUUGAUGGAGUGUGUUGAUCAUAAUAACGCUGCCCAGGUAAAUCAACUAUUGGAAAAAGGACUGGAUCCGAACUUCCAAGACAUAAAAAGUGGAGAGACACCUCUCACAAUGGCUGCAAUGAAAAACAACGCUAAUAGUCUAAUCAUGUAUCUUAUCAACGGAGGAGCUUAUUUUGAUUUCAAGAAUCGCGAUGGUUUAACUCCUGUUCACAAAGCAGCCAUUGCGGGAAACUCACAUAACAUGAAGAUUUUUCUUGAUCUGGGCGCUUCACCAAACUACAGAGAUUUAAAGGGUCUUACUCCAUUAUAUCAUGCAUGUCUUUCUGGUAAAAAUCCAAAUGUUGUUGAGCUUUUGCUUGCCGACCAGGCUGAUAUUGGCGUCGUUGACUCUCAAGGAUGGCGAGAAAUUCAUCAGGCUUGUCGCUAUGGUUACGUCGAACAUGUCGAGCAGCUUAUCUUUUAUGGUGCUGAUCUCAAUAUCCAGAAUGGAUCUGGCAAUACACCGCUCCAUAUAUGCGCAUUAUAUAAUCAGGAGAGCUGUGCUCGUCUUCUUCUUUAUCGCGGUGCAAGACGGGAUAUCGUAAAUUUUGCAAAGCAAACUGCUGAAAUGGUUGCUGUUGUUGCUACCAACGGAAGUCUUUAUUCGUUUAUAAAAAACUACAAAGAAAGUGAUGUGGUUCCUUUUAUUGACAAGCCAACGUACAGUACCCGACGUCGAAAUCAAUCGAAAAGUCGACCAACGGCCAAUUCCGUCUUCCUCCGAGGUUCCACUGACGCUUUUAUAUUUUGUACUGAGUCCUUGAGUAAUACAUCAUCUACACCAUCUAUUCACUCUGAGAACUCCGAGCCAAUGUCUCUUGAUCUUUCACCGCGGGAAAUUGUACCAUCGGUCGACAUAACUGAAGUAAAGGAAAGUGUAGAAGGGAAGCCUCGCCGUCAACGUACGUUAAGCGGGUCUGGCUCGGACUCUUCCUAUGCAUCUGAUUCAGGAGAUGAGAAUAGUUCAAAGACCAAUACUCCAAUGGUAACACCAUCCAAUGACGAACUAACAAUUCGCUGGAGGACCUAUUCCAUAUCGUCUUUGAAUAAAGAGGAACGGGGAAAUAUACCUCGGGUGAAGGAAGUAAAGGGAGCUGCAAAUAUGGAACCUCGUUCUAGUAAAACGAACUCUCGUAAGAUGUUUAUUGCUGUUACAAACUUUACUCCAACUCAAGCUGGAGAAUUGUCUCUCUCAGAGGGCGAUCUCGUUGAAAUCAUUACAAUGGGAGAAAAAGGCUACUGGCAAGGUUCUGUGGCUGGUAAAACUGGAUGGUUUCCUGCCAAUUGUGUUGAAGAUCUCAAAAAAAGAAAGCAAAUCAAAUCAAAAACCUCGCUUCACAAACCUGCUUCAAUUGCAAGUUCUCUAAAUAAAAGUAACACAAGUUUGGAUCAACCGUACAGUGUACCGUUACAAGAAGUUGCUAAACCACGGCAAGUUAUCUUGCAUAAAUCGAGCGCUGGUUAUGGAUUUCAAAUGCGUGGAGCCAACAUUCCUGCUGUCAAUAAACUGGAAUUCAAACCGUCGGAAAAAAUUCCUGCUCUUCAAUACGUAGGCGAUGUGGAGCCCGGUAAAGAAGCAGAUAAACGUGGUAUAAAGAAAGGAGAUUAUAUAUUAGAGGUCAACGGAAAUGACGUCAGAACGGCCAGUCAUCGUCAUGUUGUUAGUCUGAUUAGAAAAGCUGGAGCAAGUUUGAUAUUGAAGUUGAUUACCCUUGACAAUGACGAGAAUAAAAUAUCCAAUAAUCUUACGAAAGAACAACAUACCAAUGAUUCAUCAUCACAAGAGUCAACAUCACCAUCAUAUAAUGCUAUGUCUAUACCACCACCACCACCGUCGUCGUCGUCAUCAGUUCCAAUCAACAAUAGUCAUCAACUCGAUCACAAUAAUGUGCUUACCAACGGUUCUCAUACUGACGGAUCUAGUUUAAAAAUCCCGCCUCCCAUUCCAUCGCGGGCACCUACAACCUCUCUGUCUGUUAGACCAAAACCGUCAAGGACAUCAGCCUCAGAUAUAAAUUUUGAUGAAGCACCUGCUGUUCAAGAAGAUCGUGUUAUUUCAGUACCCAGGGAACGUGUUACUGCCACAGAACAGCAAUGGCAUUCACCGCUGACCGGCUAUAGCUCGUUGCCACGAAGACCAAAAAGUUCGUACGGUGCCAUUAUAGGUAGCCCUCACACAAGUCCAACGGAAUCGAAAACGUCUCGGAAUUUUCAGUAUGACAACAAUAUGCAUGGUACUACUGCUUCAACUAUCCAACCUUUGAAAGUUCAUGGUAAAGAAAACACGAUACUUCAUACCACUACUUUAGAUGACUCUGCUGUCCUUCGUCGUAGACCUGGCUCUGCUCGCUCAGCAAGGGAUCGUCCAAAAUCAUGGAUGCCAAAAGUUUUACCGACUGAGCCACCACUUAUAUCCCCUCCUAUCCCCCAUCAGCAAUACUCGCGUGGACAUCAUGACGAUGAAAAGUCCUUACCGACAGGUGAGUCAAAAAAAGACAAAAAACGACGAUUUUCAUUUCGUAAAAAGAAAGACAAAGACUAUUUGGUUACCACCGAGUCGAGGGAAUCUGAAGAAAAAGAAAGAAAUGAAAAUAACAUUGUUGGGAAUGAUGUUACGGAGAAUCUUCACAUUGAAGGAGAAGAGACGAGACCGAAUUCAUUACCAGGACUUCCUAAACGAUUGUCUACGUUCAAACCUAUAAAUAUUCCUCAAAGACCUACCGUCCAUCAUGAAGUUGUGUCUCCUGAAUUGUCUGAAGCUUUAGAGAAACGUAUGUCCAGGGUAAAAUCCACAGGUGACGAAGAAAUAUCUCCAAGAUCACCUUCAGCAACUCCAGUGUUUCCAUCACCUCCAAGUGAGGCUCCUCCACAGCCACCCAAACAUAAAUCUUUAGAAGAUUCUAUUAAAGAAGAAAUGAUGCGUCGUAGAUUAAAAAGCGUUUCAUCUUCGUCUGUCCCUGAGAAACCGCGACGUACGUUUGAAUAUAAGAAGUCUAAUGGAGAUCUUGAAGAGGCGGUGAGCAAUUCUGGACACGCUGAAGAGCUAGAGUCUGAACUUGCAAAAGCUGUUGCAAAACGAGCUGCCAAGUUGUCAACGGGAGAUAGGGAUUCUCAUAUUUAUGAAAACGUACAAGACUUACAUGCAAAUCAAACGAAGGAAACUGGUUCAGAUGUUGAGGAACCUCCUCCAAUGACAAUACAGGAAAAGUUAAAGAAAUUAAACUUAACUGGUGAAGCAAUUUUCCCCAAAAAGUUUAAACCUCCUGUCGCAACUACUCAGAGUAAAAGUAACAAAAAAAAACCGCCAGUACAAAUACCCAAUGAGAAAACAUCAGCUAAUGAAUCGGGGAAGUUUCCGCCUACAACGUUUCCCAAACCGAAAAAGAAAAGUUUUUCUUCAACUUCAAAAGAUGAUGUAGAAGAGACAACCAGACCGAAUCAGAUUUCCGUAUCGUCGGAUGAUUCUUCACUUUCACCAUCUCUUUUAUCACCAGAAAUGGUCGCCACAAAGUUACUAGAUGACGUCAUUAAAGAAGAAGAAGAGCGUUCCAAUUUGGAGAAAGAUACGAGUUCUUCAGAGAAGUCUUCUACUAUUGUUGGUGAGGAUCUGACCACGAGUACGCACUUUAAAACAAUAGGAACUGAACCUGUUGUUUCAAAAAGUCAGUCAAGCAAGAAAUAUAUUUACAAGAUAAAAUUGGUCACUGAAAAACCCUCUGUUAGUAUCGAGGGGACUCAGACGAUUACCCAUGUAAACACCAAAGACACAUCGUAUCCAGAAAACCCUGAAACACCCUUACCAUUGCCUCAGCCACCGGCAGAAUAUGUUGAUGAAAAUCAUGGAGUCACCAUCAACCACCUUCCCUCAUUUUCAAGUCAACCGCAAGUAAAAAAUAUUGAUGAAAGUGUUGAGGCCUCUAUCCUUCAUCUUCCCACAACUUCAACUCAACUGCAGUUAGAGAAUGUUAAUGAAAGCAACGAUCAAGACGUUCUCAAUCUUCCACCACCUUUAACACAAUCAAUGUAUGUUAAUGAAAGCAACGAGGAGUCCAUCCCAUUACCUCAAACACAGAUAAAGAGCGUUGAUGAAAAUACCGAGACUAGCUGCCCUAACCCGCCUUUGUCAUUUACCACACCACCAAUAGAGUACAUAGAUAACAAAAAUAUUUCAACUUCUUCUGAUGUUCACCCUCCUUUAGUUAAGCCACCAUCAGAAUAUGUUGAUGACAGGAAUGAAUCGUCAACCUGCCAUGACCCUCCACCUUUUGAACCACCAUUGGAAUAUGUUGAUGAAAAGCAACUACCAUCAGCAGUUUUUACCCCACCCUCGUCACCUGUCACAGAUUCACCUCCACAAUUUUCACCUCCCCCACCUGUUUCAUUUUCACCUCUGCCACCACCUGUGCUCGACGAGGAUAACUUGCCUCCACCUCCACCUCCAGAAUUCUUAGCAGGUCUUCCGGAAAGUUCUGAGUUAAAUGAGGAAAGAACCGAGUUAAAUGAGGAAAGAACCGAGUUAAAUGAGGAAAGAACCGAGUUAAAUGAGGAAAGUACGAAGGAGCUUCCUUCACAGGUUACAAGAACAAAUGAUGUUUUGUUAACAUCUCAUGAACAUUCCACAAGUCCUGAAGGAAAUGGACGUAUGGAGAAACAUUCUCAAGUUUCCACUGUCUCAUCUCCUGAUAAUUUGACAUCCGACGAAUCUUUAAGUGUCGUUGUUAACUGUACAGACGAACACAAGGCGAAUGGUCCAAAGCAGACAGUUCAAGAUGAGGUUUCCAACCACCAAGAUGGCUUCAGUUAUGAUAAAAGUGAAUCAUCAAAGCUUGAGCAAGAAUCGAACGUUUCAUCCAUGAACAUUACUGAUGGUAGUUCUCAAGAUGUACUUGGCAAGAAUGUGCAGGCACUUUCACAUUCCAAGGAUCAAUAUGAGAAUAUUCGGGAAACAUUUGCAGCUGAAGAUGGGAAGGAGCAGGCUCCUUCCACAACUGAUUUGUCGGAUGAAACCAUUCCUAGAUCUUCCUUUCGUGAAGUACCUUAUGAGGAUUGGAGCGGUGUGCAUGUAUGUGAAUGGCUGGUUUCCAUAAACAUGGCUGAGCACUGUGAUUUAUUCAGAGAGAAUGAUAUAAGAGGCAGCAAUCUUGUGAAACUCAAUAAGGAAGAUCUUCGAGAGCUUGGAGUUAAAAAGUUGGGACAUCGAAUGACGAUAACAAACGAAGUCAAAAAACUUAGUGCAAUUAAUGGAGCAUCUACUAAUUUAUGAUUUAAGAAAGAAUAUCAUGAUUUGAUGGCAAAGAUUUAAUUUGUGUUUUGAUUUUUUUUUGACAAAGCAAUCAAAAGGACAUCGGUAUCAAGAUUAUUGAGAAGAAAGAUAAAUAUUAUUUUAUCUGUCAUUUUGUUUUCAGCAUUUGUUUCUGUAGAAAAGAGCUCUAAAUUUCCUUAUAUAUGAAUGAAAUAUGAAUUACCUAAAUCAAUUAUAUAGUUUACUUUUGAGUGAUAAUAUUAUUUUGUAGUUUUGUAUGAAAAGAUAUAUAAUAAAGUCACAAUUACAAAUGCA